UCUCCGCCUCCCCCCCCCCCCCGCAAUGUCAGAUCCGCUGCAGAAGCGCGGGGCAGCCUGCAAGGCAGAAGGAGGCGCCGCGCGCAGCUGACGGGGGCUCCCCAAAAAGCCUGCAGCCGCGAGGAGGCGAGCGGAAGGUCGGCGCCCUCGCGGGGGCGGGGGGUCGCCUUGGCUGGGGAGGGGAGAGCCGUCUCCAUCUUCUCCCCCACGAACGGCGUCGCUCCAGUAUUAGCCUCGCCUGCGCCGGAUCCCCGGCCGGAGAAAGGACCGAAGCGGAGGGUUCCUGCUUGCAAAGCAGCCGGGGGAAAAACGGGUGCCCUAGGAGAGGAAAGUCAGACGGUGGUUAGUAGGGGGGGGGUGGGAAUUAAUUGCAAAAUAAACGCAUGCGGCAGAGGCACCAUCUCACCUCGCAGUGGGGGAAAAACUGGGUGAAAGAAGACACCCCCCCUCCCCAAAGAGCAAGCCCGGCUGGAUCCCAUUGUGUGUGUGCGCGCGCGCGCGUGGUUUAGUCGAUCGGAGCUGAAGGUUAUUGUGGAAGGAAGCGGCCUCCUGCAGCAGCAGCAGCAGCGUGUCGUCGGGAGUGGGCGGAGGGAGCCGGGGUGGCGGCGCUUUCCAACGUGGGAUUCCAUGGCUCUGGCGGCGGAGCUCUGGUGACCCGGGGAGAAGCGGCUCGACUGCGGCAAUGCUGCCAGCAGCAGCAGCAGCAGCACCGACGGCUCUGCUGAGAGGAGGCGCCUGAGCAGCUGCGGCGGAGGCGAGGGCAGGCGGCAGGAUCCGGCCACAUCCACCCUUCCCCCGCUGCCUUUUCGGUUUCCUCCCGCCGCCCCUCCAAACGGAUUCGCCUCCCCACUCCACAAACCUCUGCCCACCGUUUGCGCUCUGCUCGCCACCCGAGGGGAGGCGAGGCGUGCGCGGCUUGGCUUGAGCGGGUCUCUGCGUCCUCAUUUUGCCCUCCGACGACCCCCGCGGCCAAAGCCCUUGGGAGCAUGGCUACCCUGCUGCGGAAAAUCGGGCUCAUCCGGAUCCACAACAGGGACACCGAGGACCCCAAACAUCACCAUCACCACCACCGUCGCGGCAGCAUCCAGCAAGGCUCCUCGCUGCGGGGCAAAAGCAACCAGAAGAAUAAGCAGCAGCAGCUGCAAGGCACGCCGGCCAGCGGCUGCGGGAGCCCCGGCAAAGAGAGCUGCAGCAGCAGCCGAGGCAGCAGCCCCGCGCGCAACAAGCCCAAGAAGGUGCUGGAAGUGGCCAAGCAGCAGCAACAGGCGAGCCCCGACGGCGCGCCCGAGAAAGCGCAGCAGCAGCAGCAGCAGCGCGACGCCAAGGAGGCUGGCUCGGGCAAGGACCCGGCGUCGGGGGGCAGUGUUGGGCGCUCCAGCACCCCGGCCUUGGUGCCGCCGUCGCUGGUGCCAGCCAGCCGGCAGGCGCACUGCACGCAAGUGCGCACCCGACGGCUGAUGAAGGAGCUGCAGGACAUCGCGCGCUUGAGCGACCGCUUCAUCUCGGUGGAGCUGGUGGACGAGAGCCUCUUCGACUGGAACGUCAAGCUGCACCAGGUGGACAAGGACUCGGUGCUGUGGCAGGACAUGAAGGAGACCAACACCGAGUACAUCUUGCUCAACCUCACCUUCCCGGACAACUUCCCCUUCGCGCCGCCCUUCAUGCGGGUGCUCAGCCCACGUCUGGAGAACGGCUACGUCCUGGACGGCGGAGCCAUCUGCAUGGAGCUGCUCACCCCCCGGGGCUGGUCCAGCGCCUACACCGUCGAGGCCGUCAUGCGCCAGUUUGCCGCCAGCCUUGUCAAAGGGCAGGGACGCAUCUGCAGAAAAGCUGGUAAAUCAAAAAAGUCCUUCAGCCGCAAGGAGGCCGAAGCAACAUUUAAGAGCUUGGUGAAGACCCAUGAAAAAUACGGGUGGGUGACCCCCCCUGUGUCCGAUGGCUGAUGCUACGUGCAACCCGCCCAUCAGACGCUAAACAAAACAACACGACAACGAUGAAGUACUCUUUUGACAUUUCCUCAAUGCUGUAUACCACAUCCAUCCUUUUUCUACUUCAGCUUCUGUUAGAUAUCAUGAAUGUCAUGGAGACGUCCAAAUUAUUUAUGAACAGAUCUGUUUACAGAGGGAGGGAGGGGAAAUGUUGUAUAAGAUUAUAUUUUGAAACUGGCGAAUGAUCGGUUGAUCAUUAACAAGUCACUUUAGCGCAGAUGUUGAGAUUGUAUCACUUGCCCCCGUCCCCCACCCCUGCCCUCUUCUUCCAUCUGAGCCACACUUGUCGCCCGCUUCUCUCCCCCCCGCCCCCCCAUGGCACAGCAAAACCAACCGGGCGGUUCUGGAAAUCCCAUCCAUCGUUGCUUAGUUCAUUUCCAUGUAAAACGAAGCAGUUAAUAUUUAAAUAAGGAAGCAGUGCAUUGCAGAGCCAUGUUUGCUGUGCUGUUUUUAAUCUAUGUUUUCAAGCAGGUCAACCUAAAUUGAAGAUGUGUUUUCUUUUUUCCUGUGGAGCUGUGGUCUGCUGUGGCUAAAUUUUAGACCUCAUUUGUGCUCUGUAAUAUGACCUUUGGUUCAUUAAAAAAAAAGAAAAAAAGAAAUUCUAGCAAAGACAGACGCUCUAGUGUUAAAAACAAAAAAAGCAAAAGCACCCAGUUGGUCAAAAUGUGCUAGCUAUGGUGAUAUUGUGGUGUGCUGUUGUUCACCAAUAAAAGCAAUGUGAUCAUAUGAAGGCUUUGACACCAGAUGAACCCAAGUCAAGGGGCUGUGAGGAGCCAAAUGGUUUUCCUCUUCCCAAUAGGACAAGGUACUUUUGGAACAGUGUAUUUAACUGUCCGCUUCUGCAACGGUUGAACAAGAAAGAUAGACAAAAUGCAGAAGAGUUAAGCUUAAGUGUAUGGUAUUAGGUUCGAAAUGAUGGUCCAAGUACAAAAGCAAAGUCAGAAUUUUUAAGACCUAAGGCAUUUCUGUGACUAUUUGUAUGCCUGGAUUUCCCUACCCACCCAACAUAAUAGAUUAGUACUUUUGAGUCCCAUGUCAGAGAGAAUCAGUUAACAUAUAAAUGUCCAGCAGGGUCACUAAGAAUUCACAUUCCCCUCUUCUAUCAAACAAGUUUUUAAGACUUCAUAUAAUGUUCCUAAGACUACAAAGGGUGAGUUUGAAAUGUGGAACCCAAAUGGAGAAUUGUGUUGGACACAUUCUAAAUAAAAUCAAGCAAACGAUUUAA